AUGCAGCCCAAGGCGUUUUGCGGUGGCCUCCUGGGCGUCUUCUGUCUGGCUGUGUACUGCCUGUGUGGGGCGGAGAAAUUCCUGGGCAGUGGCACCCACGAGUGGCGGAAGUUGAUCAUGGUGCACCACUGGCCGCCGACGGUGUGCAAGGACGUUGAAAAUGACUGUACCAACCCUCCGGAUUACUGGACGAUCCACGGGUUAUGGCCCGAUAAAGCUGAAGAAUGUAAUCGGUCAUGGCAUUUCAACUUAGACGAGAUUAAGGACCUCCUGCCCGACAUGAAGAUGUACUGGCCUGACGUGAUUCAUCAGUCCUCGAACCGCAGCCACUUCUGCCCGUUUUUUCAUUAUUUAAAUUCCAGCGUGCUCCAGAAGUUGGGGAUAAAGCCAUCUAUCAAUUACUACCAGAUUUCAGAUAUUAAAGACGCGCUCGCUGGCGUGUACGGAGUAAUCCCCAAGGUCCAGUGCCUUCCGCCAAAACAGAACGAGGACGUGCAGACCAUCGGUCAGAUCGAGUUGUGCCUCACCAAGGACUUCAGACUGAGGAACUGCUCCGAACCCGGGCCUUCAGCGGUCCUUAGGCAGAAAGCCAAGCGGGCGGAGGUGGAGUCGGUGGCUGAGGGCCCGGGGCUGGAGGUCUGUGAAGACGGUCCUGUGUUCUACCCCCCACCCGGAGCGACCACCCGGUGA